AUGAAUCUCGACAUGAAUGCUCUUCUCAUGAGACAGCAAGAGUUGUUCACCCGCAUAUCCCGAGCAACUGACAACACGAGAAAAUACACAGAUUACUUCACGGCGGAUCUACAUGAAACAACAGAGAAUGCUUACGUUAUGCAACGGGGCACCCUGACUGACUGGGCGAACUGUCUGACGCAAACGGAGGGAAAUGGCAAUGCAGCAACUGCCUCGGCCAGAGAGGCCACUCCGCACAACCUCCUGCCGCGCAUCAACCUGCCUCAGUUCUCUGGUGUCAUUGAGGACUGGCUCUCUUUCCGUGACCUGUUCCUCUCCGUCAUAAAUCGCCAUCACACGAUCACGGACGUUGAGAAGCUGCAUUAUCUUCGAACGUCCCUGCGAGGUAAAGCGGCAAAAUUAGUGAGAAAUAUACCUCUAAUCCACGGUAAUUUUGAGCGAGCCUGGGCGACGCUCCGGGAGUUCUACGAAAAUCAGAGAGUCUUGGUGCGUUCCAACUUCUCCGCUUUCACGGCUCUCGCGAAGAUGAAGAGCGAGUCCGCGAUCGAGCUGCGACGGAUCUUCCACGGCAUGACGAACACCGUAAAUGCUCAGGAGAACCUCGGUCGACCGAUCGCCACUCACGGCAUGGAUCUCUUUGUCCACAUCGCGGUCGAGCUCCUUGAUCCUCAAACUCGGCGCGACUGGGAGGCCGCCAUCCGGACAUCGUUGAAGCCUCCCUACGACACCUUCCGAACUUUCGUCAUCGAGAAGAUUCGCUCGCUCGAGGCUCUCACGCCUGUCACAUCCAAGGGUGAGUCCAAGACCAACCAAGCCAAGGCUAGCGGUACACGAUCCGCGAAGUCGAACCAUGCCAAGACUACCUCGGGAUCGGGCAGCUGCGUGGUGUGCAAGGGCUCACACUAUCUGAUGGGCUGUAGUGACUUUCAAGCGAAGACUCCGAGCGAGAAGAAGACCAUUGUCGAAAGCAAAAACUUAUGCUCUAACUGCUUAGGCAACCACCAAAUUGCCAAAUGUCCGUCGACCAAGACGUGCAUCCUCUGCAAUGCGAAGCACCACUCGCUGCUGCAUGAUGCCAGCUCCAAACCAGCGAUCGCCGAGGCCAGCACACUCACGGCAGUGCAGCAUGGCGACGAUCGCAAGGCCAUUCUGCUGGCCACUGCACGCCUCUCCAUCACCGACCGCCAUGGAACUCAACAACCGCACAGGGGGGCCAAUUCCCGAAAAGCUGGCCAAAAGUCGAAAAAUUAA